GUCGUUCCACAUUCAGUAUAAAUCAAACAUGCUGAAACGAAACUUAAUCGCAUUGUAGUUGUUGAGUUGUUGGAAUGAUGUGUAAAAAUUCUUCGUCUUGAGGUGCAUUUGUGGCGCGGUUGGAGUUGCGGACUAUUGAACUCAUUUGCAAUCAAUUGUGGUGAAAGUGAUCUUGUUACGCAUUUCGUAGUUUUACGUAAAACCAAUGAAGUGAGUGGAAAUGGGUUGAGUGCGUGUUUAUAUAGCGAUCUUGUAUGUCCAUUGACACGUUAACGAAGAUUGACAGUUAGGUGAACUUGAAGAAGGCAGAUGAGGUGUAAACUUCUUAAAUAAUUAACCUCCUUUUACAAGUUAUGAAUUUCCUUGGUGUGUCCGUACAGUAAUCAACUUUCUAACAUGAUUUGGCUAAGCGCGGUUUUAAUUGCGAUUACGACGGCGACGUCCGCCAUACGGGUACCGACGUCGUGGUCAAGUCCAGACGCGUGGGACGUCGUGAGAAAUGGGUUGCCCAAACAAACAGUCCGUGUACCGUUCCGAAACGAAUACACGCACGCGUUCAAUCACAAUUACGUACGCACACCAUCUGCGCCUUCCACAAUCAAAACACAAUCGGCUUUUGUAAAAAACCGUAAACCUAAUCGGUAUAAUGACCUACAAAGUUCAUUAUCUUCGGAUAAUUGGAUUCCUAUUAGUCCAAGCGUCGUCGGUAACCGAAAUGUCAGGAAUCCGAGCGACGAGGAUACUAAGCCAAAGGACGUCCCGACGAAGGUCAACUAUCCAGGUGUCGGUAAAUGGGCGAUACGUGGGAUUAAACACAAACCCUACGUCCACGUUCCCACCAAGUACGCGGAGGAAAAACCCGCGAGCGUGGAUAAACCCGAAGGGUACGACAUCUUCGAAAGGGCGAGGCCAACCUUCAAUCGGCAAAAGCAGAAACUCGUCCACAAGUUUUCGCCCCAUAGAAAACCGAAGAAGGUCGAUCGCGAAAUCGAAGAACGAAGCGAGGAUGACAACGACAACGAUUUUGUACCCACUCAGGUAUUGGCCCAGGUGCGGCGAAGGGUGGACGCCGAUGAGCAUCUGCCGCGAGACGAGGACGAGCCCCGACUACGCGAGGCAAUUAAAGAUUCCAAAGUACAUGUUGUCUACACUGAAGAAGGGUACGAAGACAUUGGAUACGACCAUGCCGGCGAGGAACGCAGCGCGGAAGAGAACGAGGGACAUUCCAUUCGAAAUUCCCGACGUCCCAAGGCUCUGAAACCGGUACCGGUCCCUGUAAGCAUUCUGCGGGAGUUUGAAAAGUAUGAAGAUGUCACGAAAGAAGAUUCAGACAAAGCGGCCUCCACUCAAAAACACCGCAAACGCUUUGUGAAUGACCUUCCGACCAUUCAAAUAGAAGAUUACCUACCGGAAAAGCACGAACCUACCAGUGCACCCACGAAACAAAAACGCAAAAAGUACCCUUACUACUCACUCGAUGCUUUGAGGUAUUCUCCACUGAGAUAUGCAGAAGACGCUAACGUCCCCAAAAAGGUUGAGGGUGAGCUUAGCUUCUACGACCAGACUGGUGCAGCAAACUGUCCUGACAUUCCCCUCGAGGUGAAUCCCGUUCCGGAGAAGGCAGAGCAAGAGAAACCGGCCAACCGAUCGGAACCUAGACUGACUAAACUGGGUGACAAGAUCUCCUGCCUAAAAGCCAAGUACUUCGGCGAAGAUCCGCUGGAUAACCCACUGUUUCGCGAGUCUACGGUUGAAGAUCCGAAACUAAACUUUGAAGAAUUCCUUCGCACCUUGCAGAGGCGCAAACGUAAAACCAGGUCGGUGGACGAAGCCGCUACGGAAAAUGAGGUGGAGGAACCCCUCCCGGAAAACGCCGCUUUACGAGUGCGGCUUGUGAGACGAAAAUUUCGUGUACCACCGCCGAGGGUGUGGGUCUCCAACUACGUGACAACAAUUACCCCUCCGUUUUCCGCGCACCCCACCAUGAUACCGAAAUACAAGACUAUCAGCGAGGUCUACUACAAGGAGGAGAUCCAGCCGGAUGAACAGCUGAACGUGUUUUCCGAUAUUAUGAAUAACAUUCACAAAACCCGCGUAGAUUCGGCCAGCGCCGAUUCGGAAAUUAUCGAAAGUAAGGCGACCCCUGAGCCCGAGACCUUAAAAGGUGUGGUGAGAAUUAAAGUUCCGCAAAGAACGCUUAAGAUUAGACAAACGCAAACCACGACGACAGUGAAACCUUCGACUACUCCCAAACGCGUUUACAAGAAUCACAAACAUAUCCCUCAGGUGUUUGAGGAAUACGUGCAGACAAUCAAACUGAAUGAGCUCCAAAAGGCUAAGCCCCAGAAGCAGGAAUUGGACUAUGAAGAUGAAGACGUGGAGCCCCAGUUCUCCGCGCCUCUCGAGGAAACAGUUGACUUUACGACCUCUAGGAGUUUUGAUUUUGAUCAAGGAGUCUUGAAUUUGUACCACGUGGAAGGGAUGAACCCGCCUACUAAUCAUCGUCCGGUAUCCUACUACUCCUACCGUGCACCACCAGUGGUUCGGGUGAGGCGCAAGAAUCGCUAUCAUCGAGUUUACAAACGGAGCGCCACCAAGCCGGCAUAUUCGGAAAUAAGACGCAGACGGCCAGAUCCAUCACCCGCCGAUGACGAAGACGAUUAUAUUCCGCAACGUAACAGAAAUUUUCGGUAUGACACCGAAAAACAGCGGGUGGUUUAUGAUAGACCACCCGUUGAGGUUGAAGAAGACGAAGAGGUUAUAAUUCCCACUAGUACUACAACCACCACCACCACCACCACCACGACUACAACCGAAAGCGGCCCUUCCUUUUUGGAUUACGUUUCCGAUUUAAAGGCGCGCAGCGGCUACAGCUUUAUUCCGGAACCCACAGAAAAACCCAAGGUUAAGGAGGAAGCGCAAACAACAACCACCCCAAUUCCCGUGCACACUCCCGCGCCUGAGUUUUUGAACAUUGUAAAAAAGCUGAAAGUUAGUGACGGUUACAUGGCAAUUGCAGAGAAAACCCCAAGGCCUACAACGACAACUACCGCAGCAUCGCCUGAGGAGGAUUACGAUUCGGGCCCACCAGAGCGUGAGCCCGAGCAACUUCCAUUGCGAGAGACGUACGUCCCCAAAGCCGUUAUCGACUACUCCAAGUACAAAACGAUCGAGCGGAAACCCGUGCACAACAUUAGCAGUCGAUAUAGUAUGGAUGAUGACAAUAUCCCUUUAAGUAAUACUGGAAGGCUUGUAAUCUCAGAUGCUACAAGCCAAGUUUCAACGACAUCAGCAACACUAACCAGUACUAGAAAGAUAAGGGUGCGAACACGAAGAAGACCACUGGUUACCUCCUCCACACCCGCGACCAAGUUAACCCCUUCGCCACCUCCGACAAGCAUCCAGCGCAACCUGCGGCGCAGAUCCAGACCGACGACAACAACCACUACCACCACCACUCCUGCGCCCACCGAAAGCCAAACACCACGACUGUCGCGAAGAAAGUUUCAAGCCGCUGGCAGAGUCCCCCCGAAUCACAAAGAGGUCUACACCCCGAUCGCGUCGCGCGAAGAAAUCAGCGCCAGAAGCGCCAAACUGAUCUCAGCGCGCGACUUGCGCGACGUGCAAAUCAUAAAGGAGUACGAUCAUAAUAAAAGGCACGGGGGUAACUACCAAAGAGAACCGAAGGAGGUCGACGCGUCGCCGUCGCCCGACGACGACGACGACGUCGAUCGUUUAACCGACGUCGUACCCAAACCCGAUGCGUUUUUCUCCGACCCCAACCUGCCGGAGAACGUAAAUGAGCUGAGAGAAUUCGCCAAAGAUUCGAUAGAAGCGACCAGUGCAAAUCCCCACAAGGAGGAGGUAAAAAUUGUCGAAGAAAGUGACGGGGAGAGGGUCGAGAAGAAUUCCGUGUUUAUUGUUAAGGAUCCCAGCAAGCGUUUGUAUUUUUAUGCUCCAGUAAAACGAUAGUUUGUUAUAAGUUUAUUUAAUAAAAUAUAUUUUUUCG